UAACAUACACCCACUAAACUCCAUGACAAUGGCGAGAAAUGGCUUUGCCACUGCUACGGUAUCAAGUCUCCUUCUCCUUUUCAGCGUCAACUGCAUCAUGGACACAGAAGCCAUCAACAUUGGUGUGAACUAUGGGACUGUUGCGAACAACCUCCCACCACCCACCCAGGUAGCAAAAUUCCUCAAAGAAAACACCCUAAUCAACCAUGUGAAGCUCUUUGGCAUCGACCACGCCAUCAUACAAGCCUUCGCCAACACCGGCAUAGCUCUAACAGUUGCGAUCCCCAACGACCAAAUACCAAGCCUUAGAAGACUCGCCAUAGCUCGACAAUGGAUACAAAUAAACAUCCUGCCAUAUGUUUACACCACCAAAAUCAUUCGCAUUUUAGUUGGUAAUGAAGUCCUACAUACAAAUGACAUUUUGCUAGCCGCCAACCUCAUACCGGCCAUGCAAAACCUCCAUGCUGUUCUUAUUGGGGCAUCACUAGACCACCAAAUUAAGGUCUCAACACCCCAUUCUCUGGGCAUCCUAUCCAUAUCCACCCCACCAUCAGCUGGUCGGUUUAGGCGAGGCUAUACCACCCUUGUCCUCAAACCAUUGCUAAGCUUCUUGAGGGCCACCAAUGCUCCUUUCAUGAUAAACCCAUAUCCUUAUUUUGGGUUCACUCCAAACACCUUAGAUUUCGCACUUUUUAGGCCAAACAAAGGGGUGUUCGAUGUUAACACACAUUUAACCUACACCAACAUGUUGGAUGCCCAGUUGGAUGCCAUUUACUCGGCCAUGAAGCGCUUAGGCUUCACUGAUGUUGAGAUAGUCAUUGCUGAAACAGGUUGGCCUUCAAUUGGGGACCCUGGUCAAAUUGGAGUCAGUGUUGCUAAUGCUGCUGCAUAUAAUGGGAACCUUAUAAGGCAUGUAAACUCAGGCAUUGGUACCCCACUCAUGCCUAACCAAACUUUUGAGACUUACAUCUUCUCUCUUUUCAAUGAGAAUCUUAAGCUUGGGCCAACAGCUGAAAGGAAUUUCGGGCUUUUCAGGCCAGAUUUUGUCCCUGCUUAUGACAUUGGAAUCCUGCGGUCCGAGGCUAGGAUGCCAGCCCCAAUAAACCCAACCCCACUUGCUCCAAUUAACCAAGUGCCCACCAACAUGAAGCAAUGGUGUUUACCCAAAGCAAAUGCAGAUCCAAGGGCUCUACAAGAAAACAUAGACUAUGCAUGUGGCCAAGGUUUAGAUUGCCGGCCAAUCCAGAUAGGUGGUGCCUGCUUUCUUCCUAACACAAUCCAAGCUCAUGCAGCCUAUGCCAUGAAUGCUUACUACCAAUCAGCUGGGCGUCAUGCCUAUGACUGUGACUUUAAACAAACUGGAGCAAUCAGCACAGUGGAUCCAAGUAUGACUGAAGCCCAGUCUUUCGUAAGCAUAAAUUUCUUUUGAUGAUUCAUCGGUUAUGAUUUCCUCUCUUUCUUCGCAGGUUAUGGAAGCUGUAUAUACAACUCUUAAGAGAAUGUCUCAACGAGGAAAGCAUGAAAUAUUGAAGUUCACAGCGGCUAUAGAAUAGAACACAAAGGUUAUAAUAACUACAUGACUAUAGUAGCACACACAAACUAAAUGACGUGGCCUCUUUUAUGGACUGGCUGUAUAGGGACUGCUCAUAAGAUUGAAGAUUAAGGGAACAACUAAUCAUCCAUUUCAAGGAACUCACAACUACUGGUAUGAGUUGUGCCUUUUUUUGACAAUUACAUGACACAAGGUGUACUUUUAGAGUGUUUUCAAUAGAAAUAACACUUUCUUUUUUGUAAGCAGUGAAAGUGUUUCAUUUAAUUUGUCAAAGGUCAGAUGCAUGUUAUCACCAACAGGCGCAACGCACCUACAAACCAUAGGAACUAAAAAGGAACAGCUCAAUGUUGGUCAAGGAACCCAUUAUCUUAUCUACACUCUGCCCCAGCUUAAUUAGGUGAGGCAGCUCCAUGAGUUUUACUAACCAUGGUGCUAGGAUUACUACGGCAAUCACAUACAAUAAUGGCAGUGAUUAUCCAUCAACUUGUAGUUUGCCCUUGGAAACAAGCAAAAUCAUGGGUAUCAAGCAGUGUACCAUGGGUGCAGGUCAGGAAUCACUAGGGUCUGGAGCCCGAGUCGUGGGGCGAGUGAGACUCGGCCGAGUCUUAAAAAAUUUAAGAACUAGUGAGAUUCAGUCAGAUCCCAAAGCUUUGCACUCAGACUUGGCACCCUGCAAAAUCUGAGCAUGACUCACCCAAAUCUUAGUCUGACAUGGUGAGUAUUAGAAACACUAGUGCACAGUUAUUUUUUUUGGGUAAAUCAGUGGGCGUUACGGCCCCUUACCCGUUUUAAUUAUUAAAGAUAAUUAAUUACAACCCUAGCAUAGGGAAUUCAAGCUACAUCAUAAGAAAUCGAUAAAGUUGAAAAAUCUGGUGGGCAGCCUCUCCACACGGUGGCUCCUGAAAAGGUGGUUGCCUUAUUAGCUACAAAGUCCGUGACCAUGUUCGAUUCCAGGUAGACAUGUGAGAUAGUCCAUUUAUGGCUAGAGGAGGAUAGUUCGUAGAGACAAUUGGCGGCAAGCGUAUGAAGUCUCCAUGGGACCUUAUAUCUGCCACGCAUCCCUAUUUGUACACUGUUUCUUACUGACAAAAUGAUAUCAUAGGGUGAAAGGAAGGGGAUAAACUUUUAAAACCACAAGAUAUUGAGCAUGUCCCAUCUUUGUUAGUAUUUAGAACAGCUGUUAUCAUGCUUCAUUGGCUCUUUAUGGUACAGAGCACCUUUAACUUUCUUAAAAAAAAACCAAAUUACCAGAACAGGUCCAAGAAGGAUACGUUUCUCAAUACAUAGGCAUAGGGGUGAGAAGAUAGGCCUUCAUAUAUUUCUAAGAAUUGAUUUGGAACAACUUAUGAUAGCUAUCACCCCUGUUUUUGGAGUAUGAAAAGAAAACCGCAAUUUAGAAUCAAGUAAUGUGGCUCUCUCAUCCAGUGGGGCAACCUUGAGUAUGUAUGCAUGUAUCUCAUCCAGAGCAUGGCAAACUUGUUUGCUCGUCUGUAUAUUUGUAUGUAUGUAUGCAUGUAUGCCUGCAUGCAUGCAUGCAUGUAUAUAUGUAUAUAUA